AUGGACUGCACUGCACUGCACUUGUCAAAAGUAAUAAACAUGUUCGGCAUAGGAAGAAAACAUUAUAAUUUUAUUACUUUAUGUAGAAAUCUUCGUGCUGUCUGAUCAACUUAUUCACUUUAGAAAACAAAAGAAUAUCUGUUUAAAAAUAUUCGGACAAACACAAAAUGUCUCACCAACUUGGUCGAGUAGUUUCGGAGAUUCUCCUUCGCUAUUACGGUAAAAUAGUGCAGCAAGUCGGAAACGACCUAUUUUCCUAUGGAACUCGGCCUUUGGCUGUAAUAACCAGGAGCACAGGAUUGCCCAGAUCGCAGGUUAUAGAAAGUCUCCGAACACUAGUGAAGUACGACUUGGCCACUUUUGAGCCGUCAGCUAAUGAAGUUAUUGCUGACUAUAGGCUCAUCCCUGAAAAUGUGCUUCUUCUGAUUCGAUAUCCUAGGUACCUCCUGCAGAUGAAGACCAAGUAUGGCAGUGAAGCGGAGCUCCUGGUGGAAGAACUGCUUCAGAUGGCCACUGCCACUGCCCAUGUCCUGCUCUUUACUAUUGCCACCAAAUACAAGGAUGAUAAGGAAAAAAAUAUUUCAAUAAUAACUCUAAAAGACACAUUCAUCAGCUUAGCCACUGCGGGCUACAUCCAGCAAGCUCCUGUGGCUGAAAUGAAGGAGGGCUCCGAGGUUCCAACUCUCACACCAGUGGCGACUAUAGUGCCCGAACUUGACAGCAGGGUGCUGUUACAAGCCAUGGCAGCAGGCAGCCUGGCUGAUGUCAAUGAUAAUGUGUACUGGAAGGUGAACUACGACAGGUUCCACCUGGACUUCAGAGACGACGUCAUGAUCAAAGCCAUCACACGACGCAUUGACGAGAAUGCGGGCGAGCUGAUGCGCCUAAUGCUAGAACAAAUGUACCUAUCGUCGGCUCCCUGGGCCGCGGAGUCCAAUCCCGCGCCGGCCCCGGACCUGCGGGCCUCCUGUCGCCGCGUCGACCGACCACUACUGCAGCAACAUCUCGAACAUUAUACCAGAGUUUUAGAGGAGAACGGGUGCGGCUUUAUCCGUCGCGCAGGCGACGCGGGCGGCGGCGCGUGGGUGGUGCGCGCCGGCAAGGCGGCCGAGCAACUAGCGCACGCGCUCCUAGACCACGUUGUUACCGAGAGACUCGGAGAUAAGGCCGCUAGAAUAUUUAGAUUAAUUCGCACUAAGAAAUACAUAGAAGAAGAAGACAUACAGAAAUACGCCAUGCUUCCUAACAAAGAAUGUAAGGAACUCACCUACAAAUUAUUAGAAGAACAUUUUAUCAGCGUACAGCCGAUGCGAAAAGCGGCAUCUGCUGGUGGAAUGGCGAAGGCUAUCUACCUUUAUCACAUCGACUUGCAUGACGUGGCGCUAACGUGCACGGAGAUGUGCUACCGCGCGCUGCACAACGUGAUCCGUCGCGCGGCGCACUCGCGCGCGCUGCACGCGCGGCUGCUGGACAAGCGGCGCCGCGUGCGCAGCAUCGUGCACGGCAUGCGCGCCCGGGGGGAGGCCGAGGCUAACAUCGACGAUGUGGAAGAGACCAUAACGCCGCCGGAGCACCUGGUGCUGCAGGGCGUGGAAAAGCGGCUGAAACAGCUGAGCGUUGCAGAAUUGGAACUGGACAAGUCGCUGUUCAUACUCAAGUGGUUUCUCUCCUACUCUUAACUGACGCGCCGCUUAAAGUUCGUCUAAACUGUACUGACUUUGACAAAACAAAGUGUGGUUGUGUCAUAUUUUCAUAGACAUUGGACAUUUCUCAUGACACUCCACACUUUGUCCUUGCAAAUGCCAUGUUCGACUAUAUUAAUAUAGUAAUUUAUAAGUAUGAAUCAGAUCUAAUUUUUCUUAAUGGGGUUGGCAACUGUCAAAGGUUUGCAGAGAUGGCGCCAUCAUAGCUUGCCCCUUUUUCUAUGAGAUUUGGCUUAAAGGGCUGGCAUCCAGGGCAUUAAAAAAACAAAAAUUUGACACAAUUCUAGGGAUUGACAGGGCAAGCUAUGCAGGCGCCAUCUGCUAAUUAUUUCGACCGGCCAACCCCAUUUGAUAAUCCAACUUAUAGUUAGUUUUUUUAGCAUUAGAAAGAAGGUAAGCGACGUGUCUAUUUAUUAAAAAUCACCUUUGAAAAAUAAGUCACAGAAAAUAUGUUACAAUUAUAAAUUAUAUACGAUCUUUUACAUUAUUUGCUUUCAUAAGUAAUAGAAACUAAUUUUUUAAAAGCGUUUUUCAAUAUUUUUCAAUAAAAAGACACGUCAAGAUUGUUUAUCUUUUUUCUAAUGCAAAAAAAAACUAACAAUAGUGGUGAUAAUCCUUAGCCUGAGGUCGCAGUGCUGCCAUCUAGUGAAAAGUUGAAAAUGUUGUGCAUCAAAUGCUGCCAUGAUGUAUUUUACUUGCGGCACCAAAAAUUGUGUUACGUAAAAAGUUUCAGAAGUUUUUUUAGAUUCUGGCUGGCGCUGAAAGUUACCUACGUUAAUAUACUGCAAAUACACUGCGUAGGUACUUAUUAUAUUUUUACUUAAGUUAAAUAUAAGAUAAAUAAAAAACGUUGAUACGUUCUUAAAACUUUAUUUC